UUCGCGAACUGACGGAAAUAUCCGAUCCACAGUUGCCGAAGUGAAAGCGAGGCGGUACUGGGAAACCACUGACAAAUAAAUAAACAAUAUGGCAGCCGCCAUGCAUUUUUCGUAACGUGUACCAAAAAAGAGGUUUUCUUUAAUUAUUGAAUGAACUAACACAUUCAUACUAGUCAUGAGUUACAUGAGUAUUUGGAAGACAAGGCCUCAUUGUUUAGUGGACAAUCGAUUUUCCAGCGAUACGAAGUUAACUUGGGCGGGGCCAAUAAGCACCACUUUAUACGGCGAUGCAUUGCAGCAGCUCUGUCGCCGUACAGAAUAUUCCAAACAGAGGUUACACAAUCAUAUGGGUUACUUGGACCCAUGUUUAGACCAAGGACCAGAUUUCUGGCACGACAAUAAGAAGCGUUCAUCAGCUUAUAAUGUAACUACACCAGAUAAGUCUAAAGUAUCAUGGCACGAACCCAAUGUAAUGUUUUCUUCUGUGCAGUCCCUGAGCACUGCGGCAGAUACAGAAUCUAUAGCUUCGUCAUUAUGUGGUGGUGCCAGCAACUUUUGUUAUUUAUGUUCAACAAUGGAAGAACACGAAAGAAACCAUUUACAUUCUUGUCCUCGAAAAGCAUCUAUGAGAAUGCUGAGAGCUCGGAUUGAGUAUAUAGCACCAAAGCCAAAAGUAAAGAGGAAGAUACUGGAGCCGGCUCUCGUCACCGACGUGUCUUACAAAGUGGUGGUCUGGACAGGAGACAUGGCCGAGGCCGGGACCAAUGCCACUGUGUCUAUUGCAAUAAAAGGAACCAAAGAUUACCUUCCAGACAUAAAACUUAACAAAGGCCAAAAAGCAAAGACGUUUUGCUUUGUCCAGGGGUCGAAAGAGACAUUUUUUGUAAAAGGUCCAGAAUUAGGAGAACUGGAAUAUUUGACAGUUGAGCAUGAUGGUCUACAGAAGCGACACAGCUGGUAUCUGGAGAAGGUCGAGGUGACCAACUUGAAGACAGACCGGACCUGGGUGUUUGUGUGUAAGAACUGGCUGUCUCUCCACAAGGGAGACUAUCGGAAGAAGAGAGAUCUGGAGGCCCAGGAGAAAGAGAGGAAAUUAAGAGGUGGAAUUCGAGAGUAUGACGUGACGGUUGUGACGGGAAAGAAACGCUUUGCUGGGACAGAUGCCAAGGUUUACCUCACCAUCUACGGGACCGAGGGAUCAACCAACAAAAUUCGCCUUGAUGCAACCAACGAAGACCCGUUUGAGAGAGGGAAAACCGACAAAUUCAACAUCAAAGUCAGAGACGUUGGGGAAAUUAAGAAAAUCAAGAUUGAACAUGAUGGAAGUGGAUUGGCUCCAGGAUGGCAUCUAGAUAGGGUUAUCAUCCAAGAUCCUAAAAACCCAAAGAACAUCUAUUACUUCUUGUAUGGAGGAUGGCUGUCCAGAGAUGCGGGGGAUGGCAGGUUGUGGAGGGAGAUCAAGGCAAAGAGGAAAUUACCAAAAGAAGUGACCCGAGGUAUUACGGUGAAGUAUAUAGUGACAGUGAAGACUGGGGAUGUGCGGUUCGGAGGAACAGAUGCCAGCGUCUUCAUUCAGUUCACCGGGUCAAAGGGCACCACAAAAAGGUUGAAGCUGGAUGACUAUCAAAACAAUUUUGAAAGAGGAAAGACAGACAGAUUUGAGCUGGAAGCCCCGACUGUUGGCCCUCUGCAGUCAAUAAUUCUAGGUCACGACAACUUUGGACCAGGUGCUGGAUGGUUUGUUGAAGAAGUCAGUGUAAGAAAAUAUCUGACAAGGGAAGAAGCUAUUGAGAAACUAAAGCAGGCAAAAAAGAAAGCCAAAGUAAAAUCUCGCCGUCAUUCACGAUUAGACAGUGACGAGGAAGAAGACUGGAUUGACGUGGAUCGCGACGUUCUGCCCCGGUACGAGGAUUACAACAUCACCUGUCAGUGCUGGAUCGCCAAGGACGAGGAGGAAGGUUUAACAUUUAAAGAGUUCCCAGUCAAGGGAAGCGACUCUGAUGUUCAUGAUGGUACCAAAUGUAAAUACGAGGUGACUGUACACACUGGCGAUGUGGUGUUUGCUGGAACAGACGCGAACGUCUUCAUCCAGUUUGUGGGGACGAAUGGUACUUCACCCAAACAUGUCAUGGACAAUGAUGCCAACAAUUUUGAAAGAAACAUGACAGAAACAUUUACGUUUCUUGAUCGAAAUGUCGGGGAUCUGAAGUCGAUAGUGAUUGGCCAUGAUAACACUGGGGCGGGACCUGGCUGGUAUCUAGAAGAUGUAACAGUUAAGAAGUAUCUAACAGAGGAAGAAGUACUAGAGAGACUCAACCAGCUGAAGAAGCUAAGUGGUGCGAAGAAGAGCAAAGUGAAAGACGUAUUUGACAAAGAUGGCCACCUCCUGCAGGUUCCGGUCUGUGACGAGUAUUACUUCACCCACCAGAACUGGCUUCAGGACGAGAUCAUCUCCAGGGAGCUGGAGUUCCAGAGAAGGGAGACAAUCUACCGAGAGAAGGGGAGACAAAAGAGUGACACGAGGAAAUUCAGUACAGGUUCAUCAGCGUCCUCUGAUCUCGGAAACCCUGUCCGUUACCUCGUGUAUGUUACAACUAGCGAUGUUCCUCUAGCAGCCACUGAUGCUAAUGUCUUCAUACAGUUCGUUGGACUGAAAGGGAGGACAGACAAGAUUCCAUUGAAAGAUGGCACAAAUAAUUUCAAGAGAGGGAAAACGGACAUUUUUGAGAUUGAAGCUCCAAAUGUUGGCCGUUUGGAGAAAAUUGUUAUUGGUCAUGACAACUCUGGAAUUGGUGCAGGAUGGCACCUAAAUAAUGUUCAAGUGAAGAAGUACCUGUCACCGGAAGAGACCACAGAGAGAUUACAAGAUCUGAAGCGAGACCGGCGAGCGAGCGUGGGCCGUGUCUCACAGACAGAGGAGUAUGAGUUCAAGUGUGACCGGUGGCUCGCCAAAGAUCAAGACGACGGUUCAAUAGUCAGAGAACUCAUCGCAGAGCGCUAGUAGAACUAGUUACAGAACAGUCCCACAGCGUUAUUUGAACAAAACCCAGAAUAGUCACACAACACUAGCUGAAUUAGUUCUGGAACAGUUAUGCAACUCCAGUUUGUCUAGUUCCAGAAUAGUCACACAAUGGUAGUAGACCUAGUUCCAGAACACACUAAUUGACCUAGUUCUGGAACUUGUCACACCCUAAUUGACCUAGUUCUGGAACUUGUCACACAUUAGUUGACCUAGUUCUGGACAUGUUAUAGUUGCAGAACUGAAACAACACUAAUUGACCUAGUUAUGGAUCAUGUCACACAAUACUAACAGUCAUAGAUACAGAACUGUCACACAACACUAAUUGACUUAGUUCUGGAAUUGGUCUCACAAUACUAACUGUCAUAGAUACAGAACUGUCACACAACACUAAUUGACUUAGUUCUGGAACUGGUCACACAAUACUAACUGUCAUAGAUACAGAACUGAAACAUAACACUAAUUGACUUAAUUCUGGAACUGGUCACACACUACUAACUGUCAUAGAUACAGAACUGUCACACAACACUAGUUAACCUAGUUAUGGAACUGGUCACACAAUGCUAACUGUCAUAGAUACAAAACUGUCACAACACUACUUGACCUAGUUCUGGAACUGGUCACACAAUGCUAACUGUCAUAGAUACAAAACUGUCACAACACUACUUGACCUAGUUCUGGAACUGGUCACAAAAUGAUAAUUGACAUAGAUACAGAACUCGUCACACAACACUAGUUGACCUAGUUCUGGACUUGUCACACAUGUUGACCUAGCUAUAGAACUUGUGGAACACUAGCUGACCUAAUUGUAGAACUUGUUACAUAACACUGUUUUGUGCUAAGUUUUGAAACUUGUCACACAGUAGUAGUUGACCUAGAUACAGAAUUCAUCAAACCACACUAGUUGACCAAGUCUAUAAAUGCCUGGUACAACUCUAGUUGACAAUUUGAAAUUCUGUGAUAUUGGAUCUCUUCUUUACAUUAAUACUGGUUCUACACCAUACUUUAGAAUUUGUAAGAUCAAUUACAUAGUAUAUAAUUUUAUUAUCCAUUAAAGGCUGGCACUAUAAUUUGCGAUAUCUCCUGUGAUAUUCUCCUAUGAGAUAUCGCUUCUUUUUGUUACGUCACUGUGUAUGUUUCAACGCUAAACCUAUCAGUGACAUCACGCCACUGUCAAUCUGCUAGUUAACGAGACUACUGCUGCCAAAUAUAGUGACAUUCAACUCACAUUACUGACAUUGUUUACAAUUGUCGCAAAUG